AUGGUACGGGCAUCUACUAAAAAGUUCACAGAACCAUCCAAUACGGAAGGCAUGGGGUUGGAGCUGAAGGUAAGCAACCACGAGGAGCCCAACCAAAAGAGAGAUGGCGGGAUGAUCAAGAAGGACCUCGCUGAAGCGAGAAUAACGGCAGAAGAUGCAGUGGAUCGACAGAAGUGGAGACGGUUUACAAGAACACCGGACCAUGCGACGGCACAGGAUUAA